AUGCAGGACCUCGUCCCAGAGCUCAGCGGCUUUGUCCCGCGGCAGCGCGCCGCGUCCCUGUCGUUCGCCCUCGACCCCGCCCUCGCCCAACCCGGGCCCUCGUCCUCCGGCUCUCGCGCGUUCAAGAGCCAGGGCGACCCGUACUGGGACGACGAGGACGGCGAGGGCGAGUACGGCGCGUACGACGACGACCACAGCGACGACGAGACGGACGCCGAGGACGAGUACGCCGCCGCGACCCAGGGCACCGACGCGGCGAGGCGCAGCAGGGUCAGUGCGGGUGGGCUGCUCGGCGGGAACGGCGCGGUCGGUGCGGCGGACAAGGGCAAGGGCAGGGCGGACGACCAGGACCUGUUUGCGCUCGACGACGACGACGGCGACGAGGACCUCGGACGACUGAUCAGCGCCAUCCGCGACUCGACCUCGACCGGCGUCGGCGGCGCAACCGCCCUCGACCGCGAGUUCGACAAGUCGAUCGCCGACGAGCUCGACGCGUUCGACCCCGACCUCAUGGACGACCUCACGGUCGGCGUCAAGGGCCGCAAGCGCAGGCGUGGUGGCCGUGGUCGCCCUCGCCGCCGCCGCAACGAGAUGCCGCCGUCCCCCGAGGUCCAACGCCUUAUCGGCCAGGCUACGGCGGCCUACUCGAACGGCUCGCACCACGAGGCCAUCGAGCUGUUCUCGGAGGUCAUCCGCAUCGACCCCGUCAUCACCCAGGCCUGGUACACGCUCGCGACCAUCUACGAGGAGCUCGAGGACCGCGAGAAGUCGAUCCAGUGCAAGAUUGUCGCGACGCACCUCAGGGGCAGCCAGGGCGUCGCCGACUGGGCCGACAUCGGGCGCGAGUGCCGCGACAUCGGUUUGCUCCACCAGGCCAUCUACUGCUUCACGCAGGCGAUCAAGGGCGACAAGGAGGACGUCGACGCCAUGUGGGACCGCGCCAUCCUGCUCAAGCUGUCCGGUGCCACCAACAUGGCCAUCCGCGCCUUCUUCGCCCUCCUGUCGCUCCUCCCGCACGACCCGGGCGUCCUGCGCGAGCUCGCGCCCCUCCUCGCCGCGACCGACCAGUACGCCCGCGCGACCCAGCUCCUCCUGUCGGCCUUUGAGCACUACCGCGCCCUCGUGCGCAUCGUCACCGAGGACACGGCCGGCCUCCUCAACACGUACGGCUACCCGGACCUCGAGACGCUCGCCGACUUUCUCCUGUCGCAGCGCCAGUACGCCGAGACGGUGCGGAUCGUGCGGCAGGGCGUGCGGUGGCUCCAGGGGAGGGAGUGUGAGGGCGGGUGGGACGAGGCGCAGGACGACCGCGAGUACGACGAGCAGCGCAAGGUCCGGCCUGGGUGGGAGACGUCGGCCAUGGGCUUCGAGGACGCCAACCUGUACGAGCUCGACGUGCGCCUCAGGAGUCGGCUCGGGCUUGCAAGGCUCGGCAUGGGCAUGCUCGACGAGGCGCAGCGCCACUUCGACAUUGUCACGUCCGAGGACGCCGCCGAGUUCCCCGAGCUGUUUGGCGCGAUCGGCGACUCCUACUUUGCGCGCCGCAUGUGCGACGAGGCGCUCAACGUGUACCUCCAGCUCACCGACAACGAGGAGACGAACAGCCCGACGGUGUGGUUCAAGGUCGGCCAGUGUUACCAGGCGCUCAACGCCCUCGACGACGCGAGGGAGUGCUUCGAGAACGUCGUCGCCGAGGAGCCGGCCAACCUCGAGGCCAAGCUCGCGCUCGCCAAGUGCCUCGAGCAGUGUGGCGACCCGCAGCGCGCGCUCGUCCUCAUCAAGGAGGUCAUCUCGCGCCGCGAGGCCGAACGCGACGACUCUGAGGAGGUCGAGGUCGACGCCGACGGCAAGCGCCGCCGCCGCCCAUACCUGUCGCGCGAGGAGCGCCAAGCCGCGCGCAUCCGGCGCGAGAACGUCGAGCAUGACCGCCACGCCGAGUUCCAGAUUGCGUUCUCGCGCCUGCAAGAGCUCGACGAGGGCGUCCUCGAGGGCGACGACGAGGCGCUCAACCAGUGGCUCGAGCUCGCGACGGGCCUCGUCGACUCGUUCCGCAGCACGACCCAGCUGUUCCCGAGCGACUUCAAGCGCAAGUUUACCGGCAUGUUCCGGUACCGGCGGCGCGGCAAGAGGAGCCAGCAGGUCGAGGUCGAGGAGGAGGCCGACCACAUGGCCAACCGGCUUCAGCGCUCGCUCAUCUCGGACGAGGACAACGAGGUCGAGGAGACGAGCUUCCGAGGCCUCGACUUUGACGGCUGGGUCGACUUUCUCCUCAAGUUUGCGUUCCGCCUCGCCUUGGUCGACGAGAUCGAGCUCGCCGCCGAGGUCCUGCUGCACGUGCGCGAGGCGGGCGUCUUUCGUCAAGAAGAGGCGCGCGAGCGCGCUCUGCGCUUCGGUCUCAUCGCCUGUUACGUCCACGCCGGCCUGUUCGAGCAGGCGCAGAAGGAGUUGCGCUGGUUCCUCCUCGGCCGCCAGUACGAGGUCGAGCCCGUUCGCCUCCUGCACGUCAUCCUGUCGAAGCACGCGUCGGCCGUCGAGGCGUUCAACGACGCGCGCCUCGUCAAGUUCUUCCUCCGCCAGCUCAAGCACACGGUCGCCCGGGUCGUCGGCAAAGGCGGCGCGUCGGGCGACGCAGACGGCGCGAGGAGCAGCAGCCCGGUCGUGAGCCGCAAGGGCAAAGGGCGCGCCGUCGAGCCGCAGGCGGCGGACGAGGACGGCGAUGCCGAUGCCGAUGCGCGGGACGAGGACGAGGAGGAGGCGCGCAGGGCCGGCGCGUUCGAGCCCACCAAGCUCAGCCCUGUCCUCUUUGCGACGUACGGCCACAUGCUCCUCACGUCGAGCAGCUACCAGAACGCCAUCAUCUACUACCUGCGCGCCGACGCCCUCGACCCAGAGCAGCCGCUCAUCAAGCUCUCGCUCGCCGUCGCGUACCUGCAGAGGGCCAUGUCGCGCAAGACGGACAACCGCCAGCACCAGGUCGCGCAGGCCUUUGCGUUCCUCAACGAGUACAGCAAGCUGCGCGGCGAGUGCGCCGAGACUGAGUUCAACCUGGCGCGCGCGUUCCAUCACCUCGGCAUUCAAGGCCGAGCAGUCGACCACUACCGCAAGGUCCUCUCGAUCGUCUCGACCUCGACCGACGCCAUGCCCGUCGACGCCACCGACGGCGACGCCGAGCCGAGCCCGACGGCUCGUGCGCUCGAGGCGGCGCAGUCGGGCGUCGCAAAGGCGGCGGCGUACAACCUGUGGCUGCUGUACAUCAUGGCCGACCGGGCCGACCUCGCGAGGGCGAUUGCGGCCAAGUGGCUCGCCGUCUGA